AUGGAUGAGCACAAAGAGUCUUUCGGUUUGACCAGCAGAAUAUACGCGACUCGGUCCGCUGAAGACGGCCUGGCUCAUGUUGACUUGAAUAGAAAUGUUGAGGCUCUUAUCGAAAAUCCACUUGCGCACCUUACGCCCGAGCAACUCCUACGAGACGUCCGUGACUUCGCCCGCGCGAAUCAUCUCGAGGAGCAUGUCGAACUAUUGAAAAAGGGCGCACAGGUUGCCAAGGAUCCAAGAUUUUACGAGGCGAUACGAGGGAUAACGGAGACAGAAAAGCAAGCGCUGCGAGACGAGGAAUAUCGUCGAUUCAAGCAGCCAAUAGCACUAUACCUUACAAUCAUCACUUGCUCUGUCGGUGCUGCAGUACAGGGAUGGGACCAGACAGGGUCGAAUGGAGCCAACCUCGACUGGCCGAGCGUCUUUGGCCUCGACACCACAGCAGGCAGCAGCAGCAGUGGCGCUUGGUUAUUUGGGCUGGUCAAUGCGGCUCCCUACUUUGCGGCUGCAUUCAUAGGCUGUUGGUUUUCUCAUCCAUUGAACCAUCGUAUCGGGCGAAGAGGAACAAUAUUCGUCUCGGCAAUCUUCUGCUUGACGUCUGUCAUAGGCUCUGCAUUCACCCAAACAUGGCAACAGCUGUUUGCCUGUCGUUUGUUACUCGGUAUUGGGAUUGGGACCAAGGCAUCAACAAUUCCGGUGUUUGCUGCUGAGAAUUCGCCUGCUUCCAUUAGAGGGAGUUUAGUCAUGGGCUGGCAACUAUGGGUCUCCUUUGGAAUCUUCAUGGGCUCGUCUGCCAAUCUGGCAGUGUACCAAGUUGGAAAGAUCGCGUGGCGCUUACAGCUCGGGUCUGCGUUCAUUCCGACGGUUCCGUUACUCAUUGGAAUAUAUCUAUGCCCCGAAUCGCCUCGUUGGUACAUCAAAAAACAUCGCUACAACGAUGCUUUUCGAUCCCUCCAACGCCUGCGAAAUACUCCCCUUCAGGCCGCUCGCGAUCUAUACUACAUACAUGCUCAGGUGAGACUCGAGGAGAUUAUGCUAGGAGAUGGAGACAUCCAGAAGAUGAACCUCGAAAAUGGUAAAGAGCACUUCACCAACAGGGGUAGAUAUCUGGCUCGAUUCGUACAACUAUUUACCAUUGCCCGAGUAAGGCGUGCGACAUUGGCUGCUUUCGUAGUCAUGAUCGCGCAGCAAAUGUGUGGAAUUAACAUCAUGGCUUUCUACGCAGCCACCCUCUUCAAAGACGCACAUGCGAGUAAAAGAUCUGCCCUCUUUUUUUCUUGGGGGUUCGGACUGAUAAAUUUCGUGCAAGUAAACCCUAGGGUCGCGCACACUUGUCAGCAGAGUGGCUGA